AUGGUUUUAGCAUUGCUGCCCAGCUUAAAACGAGUGAGGUGUCAGUCUAACCCGAACCCGAACUCGAAGAAACCCAGUGAACUCUGUACGGGUCAAAGGCUUUUUUUGAGCUUCCUCUCGCUCCCGCGGUCCGACGUCUGCUAAAACCCUAAUCGGCCUACUGGCGAGACUCCCUAAAAAUCAAAUUUGCAGUCAUGUAUGGAGGCGAUGAGGUAUCGGCAAUUGUAAUAGACCUAGGUACUCACACCUGCAAAGCAGGUUACGCCGGCGAAGAUGCGCCCAAAGCUGUGUUUCCUUCUGUUGUUGGAGCAAUUGAUCAAAUGGAUGUUGAUGAUCCCGAAAAAACUGAAAAUAACUCUGGAUCUGCUUUAGAUGCUAAAAACACUGCUAGAACUCUUGAUUCUGACAAAACCAAGGGAAAACGCAAGUUGUAUGUUGGAUCCCAAACCUUAGGUUUUCGCCGGGAUCAUAUGGAGGUGCUGUCACCCAUAAAGGAUGGAGUUGUUGUUGACUGGGAAAUGGUUGACAGCAUAUGGGACCAUGCUUUAAGGGAAUGCCUAUUGAUUGAUCCUCAAGAGCAUCCAAUGCUACUCGCAGAACCAUCUUCUAAUACUCAACAACAAAGAGAAAGGACGGCAGAGCUUAUGUUCGAAAAGUACAAAGUUCCUGCAUUAUUUUUGGCCAAGAAUGCUGUUCUCACAUCUUUCGCAUCAGGACGUGCUACCUCAUUAGUUGUUGACUGUGGUGGAGGAUCAACUACAGUUGCCCCAGUGCAUGAUGGUUAUGUUCUUCAGAAGGCUGUGGCAUCUUCUCCAAUUGGAGGAGAAUUUCUCAGUGAUUGCUUAAUGAAAAGUCUGGAAAGCAAAGGUAUCACGAUAAAACCCAGGUACUCUUUCAAGAGAAAGGAAAUAAGGCCAGGCGACUUUCAGACGGUAGACCUUGAUCAUCCAAGUACAACAGAAAGCUACAAGCUCUACUCUCAGAGGGUAAUUGCUAGUGAUAUUAAGGAAUGCGUCUGUCGAGCCCCAGAUACUCCAUAUGAUGAAAGUGCUUAUUCAAACAUUCCAAUGACAUCAUAUGAGCUACCUGACGGCCAGACAAUUGAAAUUGGAGCUGACAGAUUCAAGAUUCCUGAUGUUUUAUUUAAUCCAUCUCUGGUUCAGACAAUUCCUGGUAUGGAGAAUUAUGCGGAGAUUGCUUCUUCUGCUCGUGGUUUGCCACAAAUGGUCUUAGAGAGCAUUAAUAAGUGUGAUGUGGACAUUCGGAGAGAGCUAUUUAGUAGUAUACUGCUUGCUGGUGGCACGGCAUCAAUGCAACAGUUAAAGGAACGCCUUGAGAAAGACUUGCUAGAAGAGUCUCCUCAAGCUGCUAGAGUGAAAGUAUUGGCGAGUGGAAAUGCAACAGAAAGGAGAUUCAGUGUUUGGAUCGGAGGGAGUAUAUUGGCUUCUCUCGGUUCAUUCCAGCAGAUGUGGUUCUCCAAAUCUGAGUAUGAAGAGCAUGGGGCUGCUUAUAUUCAACGGAAAUGCCCUUAAGAAGAUGAUAUCCUCCUCCUCAUGAAAGGAGAGAACCUGAGGAUUUUACUUCCGGAUCCUUGUGUGCAUCAGACUUAAAACUUUUUGAGGCCUGCAAAAGGUUCAAAGCUUUGUGUAUGUAUUUAAACUGAACAAUUAGCCUCUCUCUCUCUCUCUCUCUCUCUCUAAUCCUGUACCAUUAGGUUCUUAAUUUGGAGUGUUCAAAUAUCUUAUUUCGUGGCGACUGUUGGCAACUGUAGCUAUCUCAGAUCUAACUGUCGACGCUACAUAUAUUUUCAAAUUACUUGCUCUCUCUCA